AUGCAAUUAGCUCCUUCUCCAGUACAAAUACAUACAUCCUUAGCACCUUCACCUAUUGUCAAUCCGAAACUCAAGUCAACAACAAAAGUUACGAAACAGUCCAACCUUCCACCAAAACGUCCUCGUACUCGAACGUCAUCCCUCACUCCUCUGCAAGCUCAACAGCAAAAAACUCAAUUGCAACAACCCCAAAAAAUCAAAAAAAUCCCCACAAAGGUUGUCAAUAAAGAGGUCUCUCCACGAAAACCUUCCACGUCUUCGGUCGGCUCUAGUCACUUAUCUAAUUUGAAUUGUAUGUCUCCAAGUGAAGUUUCAGUGAACCUUUUGGAUUCGUCCCAAAAAUCUUCGUCGUCAAGACGAUUGUCCGUUGUUUCGACAUCCUCUUCUACUUCUAGCACUCUGUCAGGUCAAAUAUCUCGGCAUCGUUCUCAGCAUGGUAAUACUGGCAAUCCUGCUAUAAAUAAUGUUCCAAGCGUUCCUGAUUUCCCCAAUUGGUUGUCACAACCACCUGUAAGAAAUAGUACAUCACAACAGCCACAACAAACCACUUCAAGGAUAAGUUCUUCACCGCAUAAGAAAUCUCUCGGUGUUACGAGAGCUUCUAAAGACGAAAAUUCCAUGACAUCGGUUUCUUCAGGUCAGCCCGUUCGAAGUAAAUCACGUCAUAAACAGCCUAAAGAAGAAUCAAAACAUGAGCCAACUACUGGCAAUGAGUCAAAACAAAUUAAAAAAGCUAAAUAUAAAGCUGCUACCGAGGAAGCUUUGAAACGAUUUAAUGAUUUGCAAAUGGUGGAGCAUAAAAUUGCUAGUCAAACAAAUGAGGUUAUGGAGAGGAUGAAAAAUCUCUUUCAACCAAAGAGAGAUGAUGCUAGUGACGAAGAAUCUUUCAGUUCAAUGGCAGGCGAGGAUUUAUCAGGAAAACAUGGAUUUGUAGGAAAUGAUAAAUCACGUCGCGCACCUUCUGCUUCAAAACGCACACCAACAACAUCGGUCACGCCGGUCAAGCCAUCAGUGACAAGGCGUACAAGUCAAGAUUCAGAAAGGCCAACGAAGUCCAGUACAUCUGCUUCUGGUAUUGAUCGUCAAAGGACAAGAACUAUAGAUUCAUCAAUGCUCAGCAGUCUCAGAUCAAGUCAUAAUCGGUAUGCUAGUGAAAAUUCAAUUACAACGUCAACUGAAAGAAAGUCAUUGAAGACAGCACGUUCUGAGGAGAGAAUAAGAUCUGCUGCAGAAAAACAAAAAAAGAUAGAGAAACGAAAGACGAUCGAUUCAUCGAUAAAGUCAACUGCACUCGAACAAUUGGAUAGAUUUACAUCUUUUCAAGAUUUUAACUCAAAACGAAGAAGUACAUUUGAUUCCACAUCAUCACCUUUGGACUUUGAUAACGGCGAUUCUCAUCAAUAUGACCUAUCGCCAUCACCUUUAUGGCCGAGUGUGAGCAAAUCAAAGACAAUGCCAAUAACACCACCGCCGUCAACACUUACUUCAAAAUUGCCACCCCCUAUGCCAGUUCGUAGUUCAAGUUAUAAUAGUUCAGAACAAUUUUCACCUUCAUCAAAAAACAAUCAAGGCACGGAUAAUACUCUUACUAGUUCAAUAGAGAAUACUUCUACUACAUCGUCGUCAUCAUCCGCAACUAUGAAACGAAGAAAAUCUAAAAUAGAUCAUGCUAAAUCCGGAUCGCCGAAUUCUCCAAAAACAACUUCAAGUCGAACGACGACACCGACGACGAUCGCAUCACAUCGAUUGUCUCAUCCUCCACCUACCAAAGAUGCACAGCCUCCGCCUCCUGUUCCUAAUAUGCCAAGCAUGUUACCGCAGCCCAAAUUAACUAGAGUUAACGAAGAAAUUCCCCCGGUGCCCGCGAUACCUCAUUCAAUGAAUAGCGAAAAGAAAGUUUCGAUUUCUGCGUCAAGUAAAGGUUAUGAUGAAGUUUUACCACGCGGAAGGAAGGAUAAUAGGAGUACGGAUGGGCAUCGUCCACCGUCGUCUUCAACAAAGAAAAAGAGUCAAAAUCGACCCAGAGGGACGAUGAGCGGUCAACAGCAAAGUGAUAAGAUUAUCAGAAGACAGACCCUUCCAGCAAACAUUGCGGCACCUCAACAAUUGGCUGCACUAACACUUCCUCCGAUGAAUGUACAACCAUUAACAACCGUGAAAAUACCCAAAAGCGUAAAUCCGAACCUUAAGGCAAAAACCCCGACUUCUGAGCACCCCCGAUCCGGAUUGAGAAUACCGACUACUCCAACAGCUUCCGCAAAUACAUUUACAAAACUUCCUACACCUACAGGAAUACAAUCCAGAAUAAUAAAGAGUGGGAGUGGAAUAGCGUCACCUAGCAAAGUAAAUUCUCGAGCUGUACCGGUUUCACCGAAUAGAUCAUACGGCUAUGCUAGUCAGAAAUCGAUAAGUUCUAAUUCGACAUUGAAUACAUAUGGUUCAUCAACGACGACGAUGGUAAUAACGGGUAGGAAAAGUGCUACAACCCCUUGCAAAACAUCAACUUCCGUUGACAAAGCACAUGCUAGUAAUGAAAAAGUUUCAUCAAAAAGCAAGCCGAGAAGGCUAUCAAACUCUUUUAUAAAUCUUUUCUCGAACAAAAAUUCGCACUCGUCCGCUUCAUCUCAUGCAAAAACGAUUCCGAUAACAUCAAGCGCGGCUUCUACCUCAAGUACAACGACAACUCAUUCAAAUCUUCAACCAAAGAAGCUGAAGGUCAGAACGAAUUCUCAACCUGCGCACCCUGUUAUUUCGAACCAUUUAAGCGCUUAUGUUUCGAAGAACACAACCGGUUCUUCUUACCAUAUGGAUUUGGACUCCUCAUCAUCUGCUGCCAGUACUCCAAGCAACUUUGCUCAUACGAGCCAGGACGACGAAUUCACUGUAACGAGUGGGGAAGAGGAGACUACCAGUUUCUUACAUGAAACCGAAAAGAAAGAGAGAGAUCGCAAAGAACAUGAGAGGGAACGUAAAGAACAUGAGACACAAAUGAAGGGAACCCUUCCUAUGAGUCCCCAAUCCGCUUUGAAAUCAUAUGCACCUUACUUGUCUUUAUACGAACGUUCAGAAAUUUUGGAGUAUCCGAAUGUUUAUUUUGUUGGCCCUGAAGCUGCGAAAGCACCUGCAAGCCCGGAGUUAACCGGAUGUAAUUACGGAUUUGAUGACGAAAGAGGCGACUACAAAAUUAUUCCCAAAGACCAUUUGUGUUAUCGAUAUGAAGUUGUUGACACCCUUGGAAAAGGUUCCUUCGGCCAGGUGCUGAAGUGUUUGGAUCACAAGACGGGAGAAUACGUAGCUGUGAAGAUUAUCAGAAAUAAGAAGCGAUUUCACUGCCAAGCCUUGGUGGAAGUUAAGAUUUUGGAAUGCUUGAACAAAUGGGAUCCCGAUGAUACACACAAUAUCAUUCAUAUGAAUGAUCAUUUUUAUUUCCGAAACCAUCUAUGUAUCGCAUUCGAGCUCUUAAGUAUUAAUUUGUAUGAAUUUAUCAAGAGCAGUAACUUCCAAGGAUUCAGCCUUGGCUUGAUUAAAAGAUUUUGCGUCCAGCUUCUUAACUCCUUGUCGUUAUUACAAAGACAUAACAUCGUACACUGUGACUUGAAGCCAGAGAAUGUGCUGCUAAAACAUCCUACAAAGAGCAGCAUUAAAGUUAUUGAUUUUGGUAGCAGUUGUUUCGAGAAUGAAAAGGUCUACACGUACAUUCAAAGUAGAUUUUACCGAUCUCCUGAAGUCAUAUUAGGUAUGACAUAUAAUAUGGCGAUCGAUAUGUGGAGCUUAGGUUGUAUUCUAGCUGAACUGUAUACUGGAUAUCCUUUGUUCCCCGGUGAAAAUGAGCAAGAGCAACUGGCAUGCAUUAUGGAAGUUUUGGGCGUCCCAGAGAAGUAUUUGAUAGAAAAAAGUACUCGCAAAAAACUCUUUUUCGAUUCCAAUGGCAACCCCCGCCCUGUUGUUAGUUCUAAAGGGAAGCGUCGUCGUCCAAGCACAAAAUCAUUGGCGAACGUCUUGAAAUGCCAAGACCAAGUAUUUUUAGAUUUUAUCGCUCGGUGUUUAGACUGGGAUCCCGAGAAGCGAAUGAAGCCUGAUGAAGGUUUAAUGCACGAGUGGAUCACGGAGGUGAAACUUGGCACAAGGAGCUACUUCACAAAUUAUGAGAAUACGCAUCGUCAAGCAUCUCCCUCCUCGGCUCCUGCAUCCAAUAGCGCCGCUUCUGGACGGUAUACAUACGCGCCCUUAAGUGGGUCGAAUGUGGUAGGUUUUUGUGGCGGAGAUAAAUAUGAUAUAUCAAGCAGUGAAGCAGCAGAAUUUCCCGAAAAAAAGGAAAGGGAAUUAUCCUCAGAUGGUGGUUCCAAUCCUUUUGGUGAAAAAAGAAUGUCGUCCUGGUGA